AUGGAAGCGGAACAGCGAUGCAGUGAGCAAGAACAGUCCGGAUUCCUGUCAAAGUUGCCGUACGAUGUGAGAGUCAUCAUCUAUGAGAUGGUGCUCGGAGGCCAAGUCUUCCACUGCUAUGCCCAGAAUGCGAAGAGUCGCAUCACUCAUUAUGUAUGCAACCGGCCGGAGCAGAUCGAAGAGGAAGGCUCCCAGCACAAAUGCUCCGACGCCUUCUACGACCAGCGUCCCUCAGUCACGAGAAGGAGUGCUAUGUCAGGACUCCUCGCUCCGCUUUUGACCUGCCGUAAAAUGUACUCAGAAGCCGUUCCUAUCCUCUACGGCAGCAACACCUUCGUGUUCAGUCAAAAUUUCGCAGCUUUCGGCCUCUUGAAGCUCAAGCUCCCUCAGCAAAGACUGCCUUGCUUUCGCCGAUUUCGUUUGCACAUGCGCAUCCCAAGGCAUCCGGACCUCAACAAUCGAGCGAAUCGCGACUGGGCAGACUUGUGGAGAUUCUUUGGGACAGACAUGACAGGUCUGCAGUCUUUGUACCUUGAGAUACAAAUGCUUCAGCCGACAGAGGCGCAGAUUGAGGAGACACCGGACGAUCAGGCGUCGAGUUGGCUCAAGCCGGUCGUUGUCAUGGCUGUUGAAGCGCAACGGGCUCGUGGCUGUCAGGUUGAGAUCGAGAUUCGAGGCGUUAAACAUCGUCCGGCACAGAUAUACGUGGAACUUGCGGGAAGUUUCCCAGAUGCCGCCGAAACAGAAAUCAUGGACCAGAGUUGUGCUGUUUUCCACCAACGCAUCAGAACGUCUCUGGGCUGA